UGCCGCUUCACAUACGCUGGCAAAAGUCAGUGCAUGCGAAGACGUAGCUUGAUCAACCAUUGGGCAACAUAUUCCCUGCGUUGUCAUCUACUUAGCAUACUCACCUCAUGAAGUCUCUCGUCCGAUGCGCCCUGGGCGCCUUAUUGUAUAGCACUGUUGCGCUCGCAGCUAGUUGGAGCUUCGAGGAUGCUUCCAUAUCAGUCUCAGGCAAGGCAGCUGGAGUCGGUGGUGCAUCGAAGGAGAAGUUGUCGCCCAAUUCUCCUUUGACGUCGCCAUUGGCGCUGCCGGCCGCAGACUCACUCAAGGUCAUCCUCACAACAACCGAAGGCUCCACGGGAAAGAGAGCGCACCAGGCAUUCCUGACAUUGCACGAGCCCACGACCGGGUUGGAAGAAUCAUUUCCAUUCAGUGUGAAGGAGAAUGGAAAGGGCAAGGUAGAAGUGACGCAGAAAGACCUCCCAUUCCAAUUCCUCACAAGCACUCAGCCACUCAAGGCAUCUUUGGUCAUCGCCUCCUUUGGCUCUUCGACUCCGUAUAACCAGCAUGCCUUCGACCUGAGCAUUGAGACGGAUGCUGCGGCGGCCCCAGCUGUCCCUUCACCGCCGGAGCGAUACACCAGCCAGCCCGAAAUCCGCCACAUGUUCAAAGCCGACCCACGCUCACCUCCUGCGGUCAUCAGUCUGGUGUUUACGCUUGCUGUCUUGGCUGCCUUGCCUGCGCUGCUGGGUGCAUGGCUUUUGCUUGGAGCGAACCUUGACCACAUCGGCAAAGCCUUCAAUGCCAGCCCUGUCGCGCAUGGUCUGUUCUUCGGUAGCAUCAUAGCCAUGGAGGGCGUGUUCUUCUUGUAUUAUACCGUUUGGAACUUGUUCCAGGCGUUGCCGGCCGUAUUGGCUGUCGGCGUUGUGGGGUAUGUAAGUGGAAGCAGAGCGUUGACGGAGGUGCAGGACAGGCGCCUGGCUGGCGAGCGGUAGACCACAGGCCGUAGAUGGCCAUCGACGAGUGUACCAUGUUCGUGACAAGCGCCGCACACGGCCUUCGUGAGCGUACCGUGUCAUACACUUAACCGAGCAUGACGAAUUCGCGGGCCAUAGUAACGAGGGCAUGCUAAGAAGUACAAGGCCUAGUCCAAGACCUAGUUCAGAGACCAUUACGCGCAAAUGCUUGUGCCUCUACUGAUCUUGUCUCGAAAACAUCAACUCAGGAUCUGGAUCAUCUUCGCUCCCUUCUCGAGAGACCGGCCGCAAUCGCGCCGUGUCGAAGCUUUUGUCCAGCUCAUGUAUCGUGUUAUCUUCCUCUUCCGCACGGUCGUUCCCGUUGGAAGCAUUCGUGGGGUCGUGAAGAUCGCGGGUAGAAGCAGAUUCAGGAGUCACACCAAGCACGUUAUGC